GCUUUGUAUGAGUGUAUAUACACAUACAUACAGACAUUCGAAGGUCCUAAAAGUGAAAUGAGCUAACACCGACACCAAAACAAAUGAAAGCCAAAUAAAUGAUGUAGUAAAGAUAAGAGUGGGGCGUCUGAAAGGAAAUUGAGUAAUUGUAAGCGACGCUACAUACACACCUACAAACAUAUUGUUUCGGGAAUUUACGAAUAUGUUCGAAGAGAAGCAGUAAAUGGACAUUAAGUAGGAGUAUUAGAGGCUAACAUAAAGAGCCAAGACCACAAAGCAAAUCACUCACUCAAGAUGGUCACAUAUGCAUUUAUCCCAGCGUCACAGCGUCACAGCGAAGCUAAAAGGAUAGCGUGAAAUUAAUAAAAUAUUAGGAAAGCGAAUAAACAAAAUGUCUCUAGAAAGCGCACAAAGCAAAAAGAACAUUCACUACUUACCAGACGCCACCGGCUGGGGGAGGCGGCUGGCCAAAUAUUAUUAAAAUAAGGUAGAAUAGUGAACGUAAAAGGAAAAUGAAAAUGAUGACAAACAACAAAAUAAAGUGGAGGAAACAACAGCAUUAAGUGCAAAAAAUGAUGAAGCGAAGAAGAGAUAAACUUGGAUCUUGUGGAUUGCAUUGGGAAAGUACUUAAAAUUAAGAGAAAUUUAAUGAAACUAAGUAAAUUAUUAUAAGAAAGUAUCGAAAUGCUGAAUUUGUUGCAGCGGAAGAUUCUUUAUCGCUCAGCAAGCAAACAACACUGCCAACAAAUCGUCUAUGUCGUGCCAAAUUUACUUAAAUUAUAAAGGCCCUUAAAGUGAGAGAAUUACUUAAGGCUUGAAAAGUUAGUGGCAGCAUUUUAAGCUCACCACACUUAAAUAUAUACUCACCACACCUGAAAGUAUAAAUUAUAUUAUAUUUUAUGAAAUACUGUCAACGCAGCAAUUUUGGAUAGUCGAAAAUUAACACAAUUGUUGUUGUCACGUAAUGAAGACAUUCCCCUGCACGUCAGCGACGCAUUUACUAUCGUUAUCGUUAUCGCGAUCAUUAUUUGUAAUUAUCCUUUUACUAUUAAUUGGUGAUUUUCAUUUGAACAUCUUGCCAUUACCAACAAAUACAAAUAUCAAACGUAACUGUAUCGGCCAAGCAGCAGCAGAGGUAUUCACUUUGGGUUAUUUAACCGGUUCACAACGAAGUCCGGGAAAUUUGGAUUAUCAGCGACCAGGCAUUACCAUCUCAGGCGCAAUUACGCUCGCCGUCUCACAGGUGAAUGCCGGCAAACUAAAGCAGCUCGGUCACUCAUUGGAAUUCAUUGUGGCGGAAACAUAUGGUGAUGAAGUGGCGAGCAUACGGCAAACGGCCUCGCUGUGGACACGACAAGUAGCUGGCUAUAUUGGACCGCAAGAGACGUGUGUACAUGAGGGACGCAUGGCGGCCGCUUUCAAUUUGCCAAUGAUUUCCUACUACUGCAUACAUCGCGACACUUCCAACAAACAGGACUUUCCCACCUUUGCACGUACGCGUCCACCCGACACACAAAUCUCCAAAUCCGUGGUAUCGCUAUUAUUAGCUUUUAACUGGACGCAGGUCUCCUUUUUGUACCUGGACGGUCCACAUAGUCCCUACCAUCCGGUCGCAGAGACCAUACAAAACAUUUUACACAACGCGGGCGUCAACAUACGCGACGUAGAAACGUGGAAUACCAUCUAUCAUCACGGCUUCAUGGCGAAUCCUUUCGAUGACUUGGUCGAGCGAACCUACAAAAAUACACGCAUUUAUCUCAUACUCGGUCAUUACUACGAGCAUGUCGGUCUGAUGGUCAGUUUGGAGCGUAAAGGCUUGUUGGCCAAAGGUGAAUACUUUGUUGUUGGCAUCGACAUCGAGCAAUAUGACCCAGCAAAUCCGGAUAAGUACCUGCGCGGUUUGCUCUUGGAGAAAAUCGACUUAAGCGCCGAAGUGGCUUUCCAAUCCUACGUGGGGAUUUUUCCAACGGCGCCAGUCUCAUUCGCUAAGUUUGCCAAAGAAGUCAACAAAUAUAUGGAGUUGCCGCCAUUCAAUUUCCCCAAUCCUUUAGGCUAUUUUGGCGGCGCAAAGCAGAUCAGCGCCGAGGCUGCGUACCUCUAUGAUGCCGUUCAUUUGUAUGCAAAUGCGCUAAUAAAAGUUUUGGAAGCAGGUGGCAAGCCGAAAAAUGGCACGGCGCUCAUUGCGGCCAUAAAAGGUUCCAAAUACCUGAGCGCCAUGGGCUAUCAUGUGUACAUCGAUGAGAAUGGUGAUGCCGCUGGCAAUUAUACAGUAUUAGCGCGUGGCUAUGCGCGCAAUAGCAGAAAUAUGACGGUUCCUGGCCUGGUGCCGGUGGGGACAUUUAGUCAGACACAAAGUGAUAAAUUACCUAGUUUUCUACAGGAUCUCAAUUUAUACGGUAAAAUCCAUUGGGUGAGCGCGAACGGGCGGCCGGCGGCGGAGCCGAAAUGUGGUUUUGCGGGCGAGAAAUGCAUCAGUUAUACGGGUGAGAUAUCGGCGAGCAUAGCCGGCGGCGCGCUGGUGCUGCUCGGGAUUAUCUCGUUGGUGUUGUAUCGCAAUUGGCGCUACGAGCAGGAGUUGGAUAGUUUGUUGUGGAAAAUUGAUUUUCGCGAAGUGCAAAUGCACGAAAGCGAGAAGGAGCAGUCUAGUCAAAAGCAAACAAGGUCUACUCAUCCGCUUAUACGCACCAGCCAAGUAAGCCUGAGCUCAAAUCCGGAUGCUGAUUUUCGUUACACGACAAUAUUUACGCCUAUCGGCCUAUAUAAAAAUCAACUAUAUGCAAUUAAGAAAGUUCGAAAGAAAUCCGUGGAUAUAACUCGGGAAAUGAAGAAGGAACUUAAAUUGCUUCGCGAUACACGUCACGACAAUAUAUGCGCCUUUAUUGGUGCCUGCACGGAUCCACCAAACAUUUGCAUCAUCACGGAGUACUGCACGAGGGGCAGCUUGAAGGAUAUAUUGGAGAAUGAGGACGUCAAGCUGGACAAUAUGUUUAUCGCUUCAAUGGUCGCCGACAUCAUACGCGGUGUCAUCUACUUACACGAAUCGCCCAUUCGCUUUCACGGUUCGUUAUGCACCUCCAACUGCCUGGUCGACUCACGCUGGGUGGUUAAACUGACCGAUUUCGGGCUGUUCGCCUUCAAGAAGGGCAUGGAGGACAAUUCAACGGAGGUGCCGAACAUGACGGUUAAAUGUACAAAGUUGCUUUAUCGCGCGCCCGAACUAUUGCGUCUCGGUGCGGCAUCGCUCGUGCAAGGCACACAAAAAGGCGACUCGUAUUCCUUCGGCAUUGUGCUCUAUGAGAUUCAUGUACGACACGGUCCAUUCGGCGAGACCGGUCUUACGCCUAUGCAAUGUCUGCAGAAAGUUCUCCAGCCGCAAGAUCAUCUAUAUCCCUAUCGUCCCUCGUUGCAACCGCUGGAAACCUCCUUCGAUUGCGUACGUGAAAUUUUGCGAGAAUGUUGGUCUGAAAGACCAGAAGAACGGCCCGACUUUAAAACGAUACGUGCCAAAUUGCGUCCACUACGUAAAGGUAUGAAACCAAAUAUUUUCGACAAUAUGAUGGCUAUGAUGGAGAAGUAUGCCAAUAACUUGGAGGCGCUUGUGGAUGAGCGCACUGAUCAACUGCAAGAAGAAAAGAAGAAGACUGACGCAUUGUUGCUAGAAAUGUUGCCACGACCCGUAGCGGAACAGUUAAAGAAAGGCAAUAAAGUAGAUCCGGAGAAUUAUGAGCAAGUGUCUAUAUAUUUCAGUGAUAUUGUGGGCUUUACGGCGAUGUCGGCGGAGAGCACGCCAUUGCAGGUGGUAGACUUUCUGAAUGAUUUAUAUACCUGCUUUGAUUCCAUCAUCGGACACUAUGAUGUCUACAAGGUCGAGACGAUUGGAGAUGCAUAUAUGGUGGUCUCAGGUCUACCGAUCCGCAAUGGCGAUCUGCACGCCGCCGAAAUCGCUUCGAUGUCCCUCCACCUGCUCAGCGCGGUCUCGGAGUUUAAAAUCCGGCAUCGACCCACCAACAAACUGCUACUACGCAUAGGCAUACACACGGGGCCGGUGUGCGCUGGUGUGGUGGGUUUGAAAAUGCCACGUUAUUGCCUCUUCGGCGAUACGGUAAACACCGCCUCACGCAUGGAAUCGAGCGGUGUGCCGCUAAAAAUACACUGUAGCCAGCAGUGUCGUGAAUUAUUGGAGAAAUUAGGUGGCUACCACUAUCAGGAGCGUGGUCUCAUAUCGAUGAAAGGUAAAGGUGAUCAACGCACCUAUUGGCUGCUCGGCGAGGAUGAGGAUGCGCGCAACAAGCGCAACUACGAGCGUUCCCAGCGACGCGGUUCACGUGCUCUCAACAAAUUCAUACAGGGCACCAUUAAGCAGAACAACCAGCAGCAGAUUACCUCUGCUGUGGUGGAUUAUGGCAUACGUUCGUCGUUGAAGAAUAAGGGUAUGCCGCGCAAUUCAAUGACACGUUCCUCCAGCCUCGAGUCGCCGAAGAAGCUGCGCUUCGCCACCGGCAGUCUGCUCGAGCAUCAUCGCUAUCAUAGCGAUGAGGCGCUCUUGGAGGUCAUCACGGACUCCUACACCGGCGUGCGUCGCUCUUCCGGCGCAUCGACGCAUUCGCGCUACGAGGAGUCGACACUGUCCUGCGGCAGCAAUGAAGAGCUCACCAGUUGGCAGCGUCAGCGUCGACCCUCAUCGUACCCCACAGCCAAUACACCCCUGCUGCUCAAUCAUGUGGAGACCUGACAGUGCGUGCCAGAGGAGUAAGUCGGUGUUGCUAUCUUAACGGCAGCGUGUGAAAAAUCAAAUACAGGAAUUUAGUAGACUAUUUUGACAAUUACUUAGUGUAUUCGAACGAAAAGUUAACAAAAAGUAGUUAAUUAUUUUAAUUUUCUCGCAAUUCACUGCAGCAAAAAUUUGCUGAAAGAAUGUAAAAUUAAUUUUAAUUAGUGAUUUUAGUACUAAUAUUUGUGUAUGUUUGUAUGCAUUGUACUUAGAAGACUAGGCUGAAAGCUAAGCAGUUUCGAAAACUAAACGCUUCCGCUGUGUCGAAUGAAUUUAAAUUAGUUUUAAAUUGUUUUUGAUAAACAUUUUAGUUUACUGAUAUAGAUGUAUGGGCUAUAGUAUAAUAUAUAAAUAAUAUAAUAUUAAUGAUGUUUUAAAUUUCAAAUAAAAGGUUACAAUAAUGUUGCAUGUUGGUGAUUGCCAAGUUCUAGUCGUUCAUUAAGUGUAAAAGUUGGAUGUAAUUAAAUUAAUGUUAAGCAAAUAAAAG